GUCUUCCACGAGAACCCGAACGCGACAGAGCAGACGGGCCUUAUCCUCGGCACGUUCGUUUCCGGCCUGCUGCUCGGCUUCCAGCUGGCGCGUGGUCAGUACUUUGCUAUGCGAUACAAUGUUGACGGACGGGAGCUUUGGCAUCUACGUGUGUGCUGUGGCUGCUCGCCCAACUACCCGGUCGGGGUGACGGUCAUAACGCCCGAUCUGGACGAGUACGAGGAGGAUCUGAUGGUGGGCGCGAACGUCCUGGAUUGGGUCGGGCUCGAUGGCCCGAUCGCUGUGGUCCCGCACGCCGGGGUCGGUGCCGCCUACUACCGCUUCCGGGCGCCGCUGACGGUGGCGCAGCUGACCGCCGCACGCAGCGCCGGCUACCGGCGCCUUGGCAUGCCU